UUGAAUAUUUUAUAUUCAAUUGAAUAUAAUAAAUAAAAAGGAUUUUUGUUUUCAAAUCAAAUAAAUCAUUAUUUAUCUAUAAUUCGUUGGAACAAAAAAAGGGGCCCGGCUAGGUACUGACCAGGCCAGGCCAUCAGAAUAAGAAGGGCCUUUCGAACAAAAUCAACACAAAGAUGUCUUCUUUUUUUUUUUUUUUUUUUUUUUUUUAAAGAUCUUCUAAUUGACAUUGUUUAUUAUGAUUUAUGAAGUUUGUUAGAGAAAGCAGUAAUGCAAUCUCUGCAGCUGUACAUUUUUGGAUCGAAGAAUUCCGAAUUAUUCGUAAAAGAAGUAGAAGUUGACAAACAUGAUGUUGGGGGGUGUGGAGGUUUAAUUAGGAGAAAGAAAGGAGCUGUGGCUAUUAGCAUCAGGUACAAGGGAAUACAAAUGGUGUUCAUAUCCUGCCAUCUAUCUGCUCACGCUCGCAAUGUGGAAGAGAGAAAUUCACAGUGUAGGCACAUAUCACACUCCUUAUUCUCCAAGACUUGGAAUCCCUAUGCCAAACCAGCUCCAGUGACUGUUUGGUUGGGAGAUCUUAACUAUAGACUGCAAGGGAUUAAUACAUUUCCAGCCAGAAAUCUAAUAGUGAACAACCUUCAUGGACAGUUGCUCACUACCAAAGAUCAACUUCUGCAAGAGGCUGAAAGAGGACAGGUCUUCAGUGGAUACUGUGAAGGGACAUUAGCAUUCAAACCAACAUACAAAUACAACAUUGGAAGCAAUGAGUAUGAUACCAGUUACAAGAUAAGAGUACCGGCAUGGACAGAUCGAAUAUUGUUCAAGAUAGAAGACGAGGAUAUCAAUGCUACUUUGCACUCAUACGAGGCCAUUGAUAGUGUAGAUAGCUCUGAUCAUAAACCAGUUAAAGCUCAUCUUUGUUUAAAAGUAAAUAAAAUGGACCAUUCUUUCAAAUCCAAAAUAUCCCAGUACGAGCAAGUGUAAUUAGAGUGACGGGAGGAUUCAUUCAUUCAUUCUGUAAUUAUCUAGUGUAAUCUAUUCAAAGAUUGAGACAUUGAUUAUGCGACUGUUUUUUUUUUUUUUUUUUGAACUUGUAACUCUCGGAAAUUUUGGACCAUACCUUUUUCUUGUUAAAUCCAAGCUAAUCUGUUGAAGAAUGUAAUUGCUGUGA